AUGGGAUUGGGACUGAAGAAGGAAGAUGCAGGCCUGGGCGUGGAGCCUGAGGUGACCGUGGGUCAGCCAGCGAACCUGCCUGGUGAGUGGACGGGUACUCAGCCCCUUUCUCUCUCCUCAGACACCACCACGCGUCUCCUGCUGGGGGCCAUCGCCGUGCUUCUGUUCGCCAUCCUGGUGGUGAUGAGCAUCUUGGCUUCCAAGGGCUGCAUCAAGUGUGAGGCACCCUGCCCGGAGGACUGGCUGCUCUACGGACGGAAAUGCUACUUCUUUUCUGAGGAACCAAGAGACUGGAACACGGGCAGGCAGUAUUGCCACACCCACGAGGCCGCGCUGGCUGUGAUCCAGAGCCAGAAGGAGCUGGAGUUCAUGUUCAAGUUCACACGGAGGGAGCCCUGGAUUGGUCUGCGCAGAGUUGGGGACGAGUUCCACUGGGUCAAUGGGGACCCGUUUGACCCGGACACAUUCCCCAUUGCGGGCCCGGGGGAGUGUGUCUUCGUGGAGCCCACCAGGUUGGUGUCGACGGAGUGUCUGAUGACCCGACCCUGGGUGUGCAGCAAGAUGGCCUACACGUGAGGUGGGUCAGGCCAGAGGUAGCCCUCUAGCCAGGCUCCGAGACCUGCCAGCCUCAGGCUCCUCUCCAAGGCGAAGCCAUGAGGAGGGUGACCUCUGCCAGUGAGCCCUCUUCCAGGCCCUGGAGCCCUGGUUCCCAGUCUCCUUGGCCCCAGGCAGGUCCUGUGGCUCAGCAGUGAAGUCCCACAUGCUCAGUAGCACAGUAGGCACCUGUCCCCCAGACACUUAUGUGUGCACACGUCCCCUCUCAGAGUCCACCCUCAGUCACCUCAACAUGUCCCUCCCUGGCCCCACAGUGGAACAUUCCUUCCUCAUCAGGCCGUGGUGCUUUGAGGAAGGGUGGGGACUGACACAGACCGUGCUAUCUCCGCACAGACGCGACCCCUCCCCAGUCAUUUGUCUCCUGGAUGCUGGGAGGCAGGCAGAGAAGCCUCCUCUCCCCUGGGCCCUGCAGCCACCUCCUUGCCUCGCCUGGGGGCUCAGGCAGGCUCCUGGUGGUGGUACGGCUGUGCUGGUUGGUCACUGAUGGAAUAAAGAAAUGACAGGUG